AGAGUGCAAGGUGAAGGGCUUUGAUUAUACCUUCUUGGCAAUCUCGGGCCAGCAGCCUUUCAACACAGAGCUCCAGAGCAAGACCGCUCUGUGGAGCACCUUCGUUAUCACACUGGAGGAUUCCACAUAGAUAUCUUAUUUUGGUCUCUUAUUAUCUCCACCCGACAAAGGGUGAGUCAAUCAGUCUGAAGAGCUGGAACAAACAAAAGAGUUGGUGGAGCUAGAGGAACCUGAGGAGGAGGAGGAGGAGGAGGAGGAAGAAGAAGACGGCGAGAUGGGGAGUGGAGCAAGUGCUGAAGAUAAGGAACUUGCCAAGAGGUCCAAAGAGCUGGAAAAGAAGUUACAAGAAGAUGCAGACAAAGAGGCAAAGACAGUCAAGCUUCUGCUGCUAGGUGCUGGCGAGUCAGGCAAGAGCACAAUUGUCAAACAAAUGAAGAUUAUCCAUCAAGAUGGUUACACGGAAGAAGAAUGUUUGGAGUUCAAAGCUGUCAUCUACGGCAACAUACUACAGUCCAUUCUGGCCAUCAUCAGAGCCAUGACCACUUUGGGGAUUGAUUAUGGUGAUUCCAGCAAAGCGGAUGCGGGGCGACAGCUGUGCAACUUGGCAGACUCCAUUGAAGAAGGAACCAUGCCUCCAGAGCUAGUGGACUGCAUACAGAAACUCUGGAAAGAUACAGGGGUCCAGGCCUGCUUUGAGCGAGCGGCUGAAUACCAGCUCAAUGAUUCUGCCGCAUAUUACCUGAACCAACUGGAUCGGAUCUGUGCUGCCGGAUACCUCCCCAAUGAACAAGAUGUAUUGCGAUCACGAGUUAAGACCACAGGUAUCAUAGAGACAAAGUUCGGGGUCAAAGACCUUAACUUCAGGAUGUUUGACGUAGGUGGACAGAGGUCUGAGCGCAAGAAAUGGAUCCACUGCUUUGAAGGGGUGACCUGCAUCAUCUUCUGCGGAGCUCUCAGUGCUUAUGACAUGGUGUUGGUAGAAGAUGACGAAGUGAACCGCAUGCAUGAAUCUUUGCAUCUGUUCAACAGUAUAUGCAAUCACAAGUUCUUUGCUGCCACCUCCAUUAUUCUGUUCUUGAACAAGAAGGACCUCUUUGAGGAAAAGAUCAAGAAAGUACACCUCAGCAUUUGUUUCCCAGAUUAUGAUGGCCCCAAUACAUUUGAAGAUGCAGGCAACUAUAUCAAGCUUCAGUUCCUUGACUUGAAUAUGAGAAAAGAUGUGAAAGAAAUCUACAGUCACAUGACCUGUGCCACAGACACAGAGAACGUCAAAUUUGUAUUUGACGCAGUCACGGAUGUCAUCAUCAAAGAGAACCUCAAAGACUGUGGUCUCUUCUAAAACUUCAGCUUUUUAAACCAGGAAAAAGGACUUCCAGUUAGCUUCACUGUUCUGCUGAGCAGAGCCAACGGAGUAAACAAAAGUCACUCAAGGGUCUAUAUUUUUCUACAACCUAUCUAUGACAAACUGCAGAUCUCCAAGAACAUAUCAGAAGGGCAUGAAGGGCGGGGGGAGAGCUAAAAGGCCUCCCAUCUCCCAGCCAUUUUAUUUGGCUGGUUUCCUUUUCUGAAAUGCUCUGCAGUCCAUAAGCUCUGAAACUACUAAAUGCAAGAAAGCCAACAUAAUCUUGUCUGCAAACAAAGUCUCCUGAGUGACAUUGGACCUUCUUGUGUCUAUACAACAGAGAUCUAAACAAAAAAAGCAGCACUGUUCGUGGGAAAGACACAAUCACUGCUUUUGUGGAGUCUGAUAGAACUGCUCACUUCCUUAUCUAUACAUGGUCUGAACCGAAAUUCUGUGGAAUGUCAAAAUCAUAAUGGGUUGAGUGUCCAAGCCCCACAAUUCCUAUAUUAUAGAACCAACUUACCAGUUUGUAAAUUUUUUUUAAAAAGUGAAGUGAUAUUUUUCAAACCUUCCACUAAGCACAUGUACACAUCUAUUUGCAGUUCCCCCAAACUGGUGCAAUUUGUCCCCACAGCCUUAAGUAGGAAAUUUAAUGUUCUUUGUAGUACCCAACUCUCAGCUUUUAUUAGAGGGUCUAGUGAACCCAAACUAACUUUCUUUUUCCACACUAACUCACCCACAGAGCCUAGCAGUACUGAUCCCAGCUAAAUACUUUACCUGCUGCUGUGGAGACGAUUGCUCUAGCUGCCUCACUGGUCCCCGAUGUUAAAAGGUCAUGGCAAUGUGCAAAAGAAACCACGGACAUCGUAGGAUUAGAGAACUUCACAUUCAUAGGAAAGAGAGAGAAAACAUACGAAGUGGAAAUGGUUAUGUCAGAAUUCUCACUCUAUUUAGAGCUGUGUUUGUUCUUGACCAUUUGUAAAUAAGCCUGUUACCUUAGACAAGAUCUCUUUGUAUCAAUAUUUACUGCAGAAAUUUGCUUAUACAGCUUCAACUAACUGUAGGAAAUCAAAAAAUAAAUA